AUGCCUUUCGUCGAGUCUCAAAACCUCAUCGACCGUAUGCGGGUUUUUCUGGAGCACUUGAAAGCGCUGAAAGCCGAAGUUCGAGGCAUUGUGACCAAAUGCGCUGGGGCUGCGAACCAGAACCCCGAGGCUAAGCUUGAGCCUACUCAUCCUAGCCUUGCCCAGAGGAUGCAAGAUUACUUUAGGUUCUUGCUUUACGUGUUUCUUGGUGACCUUCGCACACGAUUGCGGACAGCUGAUGGCAGCAUUGAGAAUGUUCAGGACUCUAUCAAGGCCAGCACUGGCUACAGCCCCAUCAAUUGUUCCACGGCACUGAGCUACGCCAGCCAUGGGACCUCCUUGCAAAAGCAUCCGAGAAAGACACCACCCAAGCCGCCCGCCUCGAUGCAGAACAUUCUAUCGCUUUUGCUGCCAUGGAAAUGA